GUGUGUCAUUUAUCUCUAAAACUAGGGUUUUCUGCUCGUCUUCUUUGAACAUUUUCUCUGCUUUGUGGGUAUGAGAAAACUAUAUUUUCAUAACAAUGUCAAUCGCAGGAUCGGAUUCCAUGAUGGACCUCAUGCUAUGCAAAAACAUCCACAUAAUCCGAUGCAAAAACGGUGUGAGACCAUAAAUGGAAAGGCAGGUCAAUACAAAUGGCUCACAUACCAGGAAGUUUACAACAUGGUUCUAAAAAUUGGGUCCGGUCUUCGGAGUUGUGGCAUUGAGCACAUAAGUGAAAGAUAUGGAAUCCACCAUAGUUAAAAAAAUCGGACUCAGCAGAAACUUGGCAAACUCAAAUUUGACUUGGACUUGGUGACUUGGAAAAAUUUCUGAACUUUUAAAUAUACAUAAAUUUGUAAAACAAUCUGCAAAAUCAUGCUUAAAACCGACUUUACAAAAGUCAUAUUUAGUAUUUCCUUUAUUUAUAGAUAAAAAAUGAGCGUAAUGCACAUUAUAGUGUCAUAAUUCUAAAUUACAAAUCCAUGUAAUUAUCUUUACAAGUUCCAUUCAUUGAAAACAUAGGUCCAAAAGAAUUUUUAUUAUUUGUUUUUUAAAACCAGAACAGGUGCCUUAUCAAAACUUGCUGAGGGGGUUUAACCCAUGAGCACUUGUGAUUCAACGAGUUUUUCCAUGAGUUUUUGAACUAUCAGUCCACUAUGUCUGAACUUCAUAUUGUGGAUCAACUCAUUAGCCAUCUUCCCCCAUUUCUGCUUGUGGACAACACUUAUAUGGUAGAUAAAUUGUCUACCACACAAUUAUAAACAUUAGGAAUCCAAAUGAUGUUCCCAUAACUUUAAAUGCAAAAAGGUCUUUUCUUGGAUAUAUCAAUCAAUCCUUCUGCCUUUCCUCACUGAUAUUUUUUCUUUGUCUCUUUAUAUACAAUAUGGGAAAAUGCACGUUAUCAAAUUUCAAGUAUUAAAAUUUCACUCUUCAGGGAGGACAUUGCGGUAUUUAUGGAGUAAAUUGUCCUGAAUGGAUUGUUAGCAUGGAGGUAUUAUGUUAUCGUUGGAGCAUUUUAUAAAGACAUGUUUAAUUGUGUUCAUAGAUUGUUAGGGUAGACAUUGUUUGGGGAUAUGGUGCAGAUUUUAAACGUUAUGCAUUGUAUUCAAUUCUGUUUUCUCAUGCUCUGGUAUCUGCUAGACACAUGAAUAUCCUAAUGUGAUUAUUCUCUUGUAGAAGAUAAUAGUAAUUCACAAAUAGCUGCCCAUCUGAUUUUUCUUUUCAUGUUUUGGUGAGUCUGUAACUGCUUUGUACACAUUGAUGUUAAUUUUUUUUGUUUGUACAAGCUUGUAAUACCCAUGGCAUUUAUUGUGUUCCUCUAUAUGAUACUCUUGGUACGUACUAUCUUGAGAAUAAUUCCAAUUUGGAUGUUCCCUCUUCUGCUUUUCCGUAUUCUAUAUUUAGGAAAGAUAAUGUUGGCAGAAAUUCAGAUGAGUAAAGAUUGAGUCAUGUAUUUUUCUGCAAUGAUUUUGUUUACUAGAUAGGGCUAUACCACAGAACAAUCCUUAAAUUAAAUGAGAAUGCACUCCAAAAGUUCUUUCAUUAGAGAGAACAACUUGAUGGAAAUGAAAUGAUAUGAAUACUACAUUCACAUAUCCAUUCUUCAAUCUAUUCUUAAUUUUCUUGAAUUCUUAUAGUUUACCCUUCUCUUGUCAAUAAGUAUGAACAAAAAAUUCAAAAAAUUUAAUGUAUAGGGUUGAAACUAGGCAUCAGUUGCAAUUCUUUUGAGAAUUUCCUUCUUCGUCUCUGCUGAUAUAAUCAGAUUAACAAGGAAGUCAUAUUUGUACCUAGAUUAGAUCUAUUUUAGGGCCCCUUGAAGUAAUGAUUUAUUAGGCCAAUGUCAAUUAACAAAAUUUUCAUAAAUAGGGUUUUGCACUGUAAUUAUGUCAUGAAAUUUUGUAAUUCUGGAUCAAAAUGGUAGUAAAUCUUAAAAUUGAUUUGUAUUAUCCCUGUGAUUUUUUUUUUUAUUCGUGAUAAUUUAAUUUGGGUAUUCAUUUAAUAUCCUUG